CAUUCUGCAGCCUACAAGGUAGGCCCCGUCGUGCACAGCGCGUCCAUAACCAUCCAACCUAUCAGUCAUCCCCUCUCGUCUCCCUGUCUCUUACACGUUGAGCCUCUUCCAUCUGGAUUUCUUUCUUGGGUAUUCUGAUCUUGGCUACGCACAUCAAAGCACGACCAUGAGCAACAUCACAGCCACAGCAGCAUCCCUUGCGGCAAACUCCACUACGGCCCUCCCAUCGGACCUUCACUCUCUAGUAUCGAAGCUCGCCUCGGUUUCGGCCCUGCAGGACUGGCUGAAGCUCUUCGUCAUUGGCGGAGUGCUCGAGACAUGCCGUCGCCACAUCUCCGAGUGGUGGGAGCAGCUCAUGCAAGCCCUCUGGAUCACCGCGACAUUCGACGCGAACGACGAGGCAUACCGCUGGAUGCUCUUCUGGCUCUCGCGCCAUCCAAUGUGGGAAAACGCACGCACAAUUGAGGUCUCUACGCGCAGGUUUGGGCUGGACGAAGAUUCCGACGACGAAGAGGACGAUGACUGCGAAGACACACGCAAAGUGUCGUACCUUCCGUCGCUCCAGAACACAUACAGUAUCUGGUACCAGCGCCACUACGUGACAAUUUCGCGUCAGGAGAGGUCGGAAGGCCGCUGGUCCAUGAAGGAGUCGCUGCAACUACGAAUACUCUCGAGAGACCUUAGUGUGCUGAAGGGCAUACUCGACGACGCGCGCGAAGCCUAUAAAGCCGCUGCGAACAAACUCAUCUCAAUAUAUUCUGCAGACACAUCGGGAGGCUGGAAUUACAUGACAUCGCGCCCCAAAAGACCACUCAGCUCGAUCAUUCUCGACCCGGGCAUCAAGGAGCUACUGCUCAAUGACGCGCGGGACUUCCUGAGCAGCCGAAAGUGGUACUCCGACAGAGGGAUACCUUUCCGGCGCGGCUACCUCCUCUACGGCGCGCCUGGUUCAGGGAAGACGUCCAUGAUCCAGAGCAUUGCAGGGGAGCUCGGGCUGAAUGUUUACAUCGUAACGCUCAGUCGGCUCGGGAUGGACGACAGCUCGCUGAACGAGCUCAUCUCGAACAUGCCCCGCCGCUGCAUCGCGCUCAUGGAGGACAUCGACGCGGCGUUUACGACUGGGAUCAAGCGCGACCUCCCAUCGGACAUCAAGCGACUGAGGAAGGACGAUGAUGGCUCGGACGACGAGUCGGAUGAGAAACGGCGGCACGAGGGCGCGGAAGGACCGGGCAGCGACUUCGGCUCGCGCGUCACCCUUUCGGGUCUCCUCAACGCGCUCGACGGGAUCGGCGCGCAAGAGGGCCGGAUCUUGUUUGCGACGACGAAUAACUACAAGGCUCUCGACCCUGCGUUGUGCCGGCCCGGGCGGAUGGACAUCCACAUCGAGUUCAGGCUCGCGAGUCGGUACCAGGCUGAGAACCUCUACAAGUGCUUCUACAUGCCCGACGGCCCGGAGGACGCGGAUGCCGAGGAGGUCGACGAGGGCUACGCUUCGAGACGCAGCAGCACGGAAGCCAGUGGCGACGAGAAGGAGUGGGAAGAGGAGAACGCAGACGCUUCUGAACGCACGCCAUUGCUCCCAUCUUCGCCGUCAUCUCCCACACCUUCGUCGCCCGAGCCGCCCUCAUCGUCCCCAUCGCACUCAAGUCGACCUAACUCCCACCUGCCGAGUCACGAUUUGUCACGAAGCGAAGUGCGCGCAUUGGCAACGCGCUUUGCGGAUGCGAUCCCCGAACGCGAGUUCUCGAUGGCGAGCCUCCAGGGAUACCUUAUGGCAUACAAGAGCCGACCAUGCGAGGCCCUCGAGGAUGCACCUCAAUGGGUCCAGAAGGAGAGGGAAGCUAGGAAAGAGCGAAGCUAAAAUGGACUAUAGUAUACCC